AUGUCCUUCAGUUCAUUACUUCCAGCACCUCUCCAUUCAGGGACUCGAAGCUCACAAAAUCAAAGGAAUAGACAUAAAGAAGAAUCAAAAGUAAAUGCAUUAUUAAAAGAUGAGGACAAUAAUAUAAAUGACGAUGAGCCUAAUGAGAUAGAUGUUAUUCAUCGUCAAAUAGCUUCCAAUGUGAAAUUUGAAGAUUUUAUACCCUUAAGGCAACGUAAUUUUGCUAUGGAAAUUCCAUUACCUACUGAAGAUGCAAUUAGACAAACAAAAGAGAAAACUCUUGCAUUUCUCAAUCGAUUACAACGGGACGAUUCCAAAUCGAGUGGGAACAUAAUUGGGAAGAAAACGGAUGCUACUAUAAUGAAAAUUGGUAACCGUUCAGUGAAAGUUGUUACUCCGGUACAGGAUCCUUUGCAACCUUCUCGUUUCAAGAGGACAGGCAAGAUAUAUACACCUAAUGUCAAUCAAGACAAAGGCCCAACUACGAUUUUACAUGAUCUUUCAUCAACUACAAAUCCAGGUAAAGCUAUAAGUGCAGAAGAACGUUCUAAAUGGAAGAUUCCAACUUUUGUAUCUCAAUGGAAAAAUCCUAAUGGAUAUACAGUCGAUAGAGUUACAGGUAAUGGUGAAGGAAGUGGAAUUAAAGAUAUAAAUUCUGGAUUUAGUGAAUUAUCCGAAGCAUUAGAAGAUGCUGAUCGAAAAGCCAAACAACAUUUACAAGAGAAGAAUGAAGCUAAACGUAUUGCAUAUGAGAAUGAAGUUGCUGAAAAGGAGGCAAGAUUAAAAGAAUUAGCCAAUAGAAGACGUUAUAAUGGUAGUCAUAAUAAUGAACCGUUACGAAUUGAAAAACCUACUACUCCAUCUCAUGUAAAUAAUAAGAAGAGUAAUGAUAAUAAGUCUAAUGGUAUACUUAUUCAAAAGCUUCGUAAUAUUGCUAAACAAGAAGGAAGAGAUAUUAGUGAAAAGAUUAUUCUUGGAACUGCUAAAGCUACUGCUGUUCCUGAAAUGAAUUAUGAUUCACGUUUAUAUAUGAAAGGUGCACAAUCUAGUGCGAGACGUCAUGGGGAGCAACUUUAUGAUAAUCCGUUAUUUGCUCAACAAGAUAUUGAAUCAAUUUAUAGAACAAAUUAUAAUAAAUUAGAUGAUCAAAUAGAAACAGAGUCAGGUGAAGGUGAUAUUAUGAAUAAAGUCAACAAAGAAACUGGUAAUAUGAAUCGGGGACCCAUUGAAUUUACAAAAGCAAUUGCUAAAGAAGAUGAAAAAAAUAAAACUAAUAAACCUGGUUUACAAAAGUAA